AAAGAACGCGACUUGAAUUCGACAUUCGGAGCCCUUUUCUCAUUCGCAUGUUUAAAUAAAUAAAUAAAUAAACAUGAGAAUAAGACCAAUCAUUCAUUAUUCAAACAUUAACAUCAUUUAGGACGACACACUUUUCUUCUGACAGCCAGCGCCCAGCUGCCAGCAACAGGUGCUUUAUUUUCAAAUCCCCUCCUCAAAAGUUUACUUAGAAAGUAAGCUAUGUCCAUUUUUAUACUUCGCUUUAAGGUAUUCCGUUUGCCUUUAGAGUCAUACGUUUAGUUUUUAGAGAGACAUUAGGUUGUUAAUGAACAUAAAACACUCCAAACAUGGGAAGAACUUCGUGAUGUCAUGAUUACGUAAACAUGGGCAUCAUGCAACUGUAACAACCUGAAUACACACAGAAAUAAACCUUUCUUCGGUAUCCGGAUCUCACGUGUUUUGGCACAUUUACACAGGCACAAAGACACAAAAGUUUGACAGCGUGGUACACACAUCGCUAUCUCUUCCCUGGGGAUUUUGCAUAGAUAUUUUUGCUUCCGGAUUUUUUUUUUAUUCUCAAAAUGUUCUCUUCACUUCCUUGUGUUAAGCGAAUAGAGGAACUGACCACAUUGUGACUAGACUGCUCAUAGAGAUUUUUUCAAUUCUGCAUUAGGAUAUUUUUAAUUUUUAAAAUGAGAAUUAGUUAGACUACAGCAGGCGGUUUUCGAAGUCUUCAUUGAUUGUCUUCUCUAAACUGGUGUGUGACCAAAGGCAGAGAUGGCAGGCCGCACUCAGCAGGGAGACCUGACCGAGUACAAGAAGAGUCUCAUUAAGCGGGACUUGGAGAUGGGGAUAGUGAUGACAGUGUACAGACAGAGGAUGGAGAGGCUUACCGUGCAGGUCAUCAUGGAGACGCGACAGGUGGCCUGGACGCGCACUGCCGACAAGACAGAAGGAGUGUUGGACCUUUUUGAAAUCCGGGAAGUACGACCAGGAAAAAAUUCCAAAGAAUUUGAUCGAUUCAAGGACACCAAGGAUAAAAAUUCAGACCCCAACACAUGCUUUACCAUAUUCUAUGGCUCUCAGUUUGUUCUCAACACACUCAGUCUGUCGGCUGAUACUGUGGAGGAUGCAGAAAAAUGGCUGACAGGACUGGAGUUACUCAGACAGGAGACACUGGUGGCUCACACACCAGAGAUUAUAGAGAGUUGGCUGAGGAAGCAGAUGUACUCGGUUGAUCAGACAAAGAAAAAUAGCAUUACCUUGAAAGAGCUCAAGUCUCUUUUGCCACAAAUGAACUUCAAAGUGCCAGGUGGACGUUUUUUGAAGGACAGAAUUUCGGUGGUGGGAGCAAAGAAAGAAUGCCUAGACUUUGAGCAAUUUCACAAAUUCUACAAUCUUUUGAUAUUUGAAAACCAAAAGAUGAUUCUAGAGGAGUUUAAAAAGGAGUCAUGUGCUUUCAUCAUGGGUAUCAACGAUCAGAAUAUUCAACUCUCCGAUUUUCAAAGAUUCCUUUUAUAUCAGCAAAGAGAUACAUGGGCCAACAAUGUGAAUCAAGUCAGAGAGCUGAUGACUAUAUUUAUCGAUGACACCAUGAGGAAGACUAAUGAUCCUGCCUUCACUGUUGAAGAGUUUCUCAGUUUUCUCUUCUCCAAAGAAAACUCAAUUUGGGAUGAGAAGUUCUCAGAGAUUCGUACACUGGACAUGAACAAUCCUCUGUCUCACUACUGGAUCAACUCUUCUCACAACACAUAUUUGACUGGAGAUCAACUGCGCAGUGAGUCCUCAACAGAAGCUUAUGUGCGCUGCCUGAGGCUGGGCUGCCGCUGUAUUGAAUUGGACUGCUGGAAUGGUCCAGAUGAACCUAUUAUAUACCACGGCUGGACCAGAACCUCCAAGAUAAAGUUUAAGGAUGUGGUUAAGGCCAUCAAUGAUCAUGCUUUUGCAACAUCUGAGUAUCCUUUGGUGCUAUCCAUAGAAGAACACUGUGACAUCAAGCAACAGAAAAUGAUGGCUCAGGUGUUCAAAGAUGUUUUCCAGGACAAGCUUCUGAUGGAGCCACUGGAACCAGAAGCAGAACAACUGCCAUCACCAACCCAACUGAAGGGCAAGAUCAUCCUCAAGCACAAGAAACUGAAUCUUGAUGGGACUUUUGGCAAAAAGGAUCUACGAAAAGGAGAUAAGCAAGGAGAGCUCUUCAUCUGGGAUCCAAUAGAUGAGAGAUGGUACAAGCACUACUGUGUGAUCGAGAACAAGACAUUGUAUUAUGCUGAGGAGAAUGAACUAGAGGACGAUGUUGGAAAGUCGUCCCAGGGAGGUACAGAGCUUCAUCAGUCAGAGCCCUGGUUUCACGGGCGGAUGUCAGAGGGCAGACAGACUGCUGAGAGACUGCUGCAAGAAUAUUGUGCGGAUUCGGGUGGAGUUGAUGGAACGUUUUUGGUGCGGGAGAGCGACACCUUCGUCAAUGAUUGCACCCUCUCAUUCUGGCGCAGUGGACGAGUUCAGCAUUGUCGAAUCCGUUCCUGCAUAGAUGGAGGUCACACCGUCUAUUUCCUCACAGAAAACCUGCAUUUCCCCAGUGUGUAUGCACUCAUCCAGUAUUACAGGGAAAACCUGCUCCGCUGUCAAGAUUUCUACCUGCGCCUGACCGAACUUGUGCCUCGACCAGACCAGCACCUGCGUGAAGGGUGGUUUUACAGUAACUUGAGCCGAGGUGAGGCAGAGGACUAUCUCAUGAGGAUCCCUCGAGAUGGAGCCUUCCUCAUCAGACAGAGAGAAGAUUCAGACUCUUACGCCAUCACCUUCAGAGGUGAAGGGAUGGUAAAGCACUGCCGGAUACACAAAGAUGGAUCCAUGUACGUGCUGGGCACCUCUAGUGAGUUUGAGAGUCUGGUGGAAUUGGUCGACUAUUUCAGAAAGAAAGCGUUAUAUCGGAAGAUCAAACUCCGCUACCCAGUCACACCAGAACUAGUUGAGCGCUUCAGUUCGAUAACCAAAACUGCUUCACUUUAUGAUUCUAAACAGUAUGUGGAGGCCAACGAGAUAGAGCCAUCUCUGCCCCAGAGCACUGUGAAGGCCCUCUAUGACUACAGGGCCAUGCGGCCGGAUGAACUCUCCUUUUCCAAGGGCUCUUUAAUCCAUAAUGUGACUAAGGAGGCAAAUGGAUGGUGGAAAGGAGACUUUGGUGGGAAACUGCAGCACUAUUUCCCUUCAAAUUAUGUCGAAGAAGUGGCCAAUACAUCUGAUGCCAAUUACCAGCCUGAAGACGAAAAUCCAUUAGGUGACUUAUGCAAAGGGGUAGUGGACAUCUCAAAGUGUACUGUUGUUCGCUCAGCCAAACAUGGCAAACCUGUGGUGGUGACGUUGCAAGAUAAGGAAAAUAAAGAGAACAUGAUGCCAUUUGAUUUGGCCACCGAGACCACUGAGGAGCUGUACGAGUGGUACCAGGUGGCCUGGGACAUCACACAGAGAGAAGAAAACCGAGAGUUUGAGAAAAUAAAACAGAGGGAGGUCGAGAACAAAGAAGAGGUGGCCAGCGAGAUGUCUGAACUGGUUGUUUACUGCCAGCCUCGCAGUAAAGACAAGGACCGCUUUGAUAAUUAUACCUACAAAGAGGUUCGGUCCUUUGUAGAAAAUAAGGUUCCUUCCAGAAACAAGUCGACUCAAUUUAUGCUGUAUAACCGCAAGUCGCUGAGCCGCAUCUACCCUAAGGGCCAGAGGGUGGAUUCUUCCAACUAUGAUCCGUAUCCACUAUGGAUGCUCGGCUGUCACAUGGUGGCACUCAACUUUCAAACUGCUGAUAAGUACAUGCAGCUGAACAGCGCUCUCUUCAGUCUAAAUGGAGGCACAGGAUAUGUGCUGCAACCUGAGAUGAUGCGCAGAGACUCCUAUGACCCUCAUCAGGAGAAGAAGAAUGUCAGAUCUACUCUCGCCAUCAGAGUGAUAGGAGCACGACAUCUUCCCAAACCAGGGCGAAGCAUUGCCAGUCCCUUUGUGGAGAUUGAACUGUGUGGCCAAACAGAAGACAACAAAGUCAAGACUACCGUCUGCCAUGACAAUGGACUGAACCCUGUAUGGCUCGGGCCGAACUCUCAGCCUUCAGAGACAUUUACUUUCAACGUGUAUGAGCCGGACCUCACCUUUCUACGUUUUGUGGUCUUUGAGGAAGACAUGUUCUCUGACCCCAAUUUCCUGGCCCAGGCUACAUUCCCUGUGAAAGGCAUUCGCUCUGGGUACAGAUCAGUGCCUUUAAAGAAUGGAUUUAGUGAAAACCUGGAGCUGGCAACUCUAUUGGUGUAUGUUGACAUUCAGAAGGUGGAGAAAGCACAGGAAGAACUCUACUCUUCCUCAAAACAGUUGCAAAAGAAGCAGGCGGAGUUGAGCAAAGAGUUCUGCCUCUAUGACACUCACUCCAACCUGCAGCGCGCCGCGACUCCUAAUCGGCGCGAGGACUUCUCGCAGGAGUUCACUUACUCGGAAAAAAAGUUAAAUAAACAACAGCAAAAAAUAAACAACAGCAAGUUCUACUCAUGAGGAAAGCAAGAAGUCUAGUUCCCUCCCGGCCUGGUUCUAAUGUUCUUAAGGGUCUCUUCCUCUCCAUUCUGCUGCUCUAUAUAACUACUGGUUCCUUAAACAGGCUGCAAAGACAGGAAGUUGCAGCCAUCUCUCUUUUAAGGUCACACUGGAAUAAAUCAAAAAGUGAAUUUGAGCAUACUCAUCAGUAUGAGAAGAUGUUUGACCAAAACUUAGAAGCUGUAAAACUUUUUAAAUUGUGGGCAUAAAAACUGCAUGAAGGAUUUUUGUGAGUGUGUGUGUGGUAAAUGUGAAACUGUUAAUCUACUACCUAUCGGUUUGUAACAUUUCAUUUGUAGCUGUAUUAAACUCUUCCUUAUUGUCUUAAAAUAUAAAUAACAAGACAUGUUA